UUUCAAUACAUAUUACCCAAUGUGGUGCAAGUGCAACAACCAGAAAAAUACGGUAGUAAACAUUGCGACUCGAUUUGGCGGCUGAUCCACUGACGCGUUAUUGUAUGCACGUUAUUUAUGAUCCAAGCUGAUUACAAUGUUCAUUUAACAGCAAUGUCACGACCAUGGACCACAGACUUCUUAGGCGUAGUACGCGGAGCGCAAGCCGUAGCUAAUGCAGUAUUAAAAAUCCAAGGAGAUAGUAUAAAACAGGCGGUAACUCAUUCCAGCCUCAGAAAUUUAGCUGAAGACAAUCUCAAAGCGGUGGGGAAACAACUGGAAAAUAUUGAUCCAAGUAAGGUUCCUAAUAAUGUGGCUGCCGGUGUGAAAGAGACCUUAGAACGUGUGUCUGUGCUUGGCACAGGUAUAACGCGAUAUGUGGCAUUUAGAACGAGUAGCGCUACAGGGUAUUGUGACGCACUUCAGCAGAAAGACCAUAGUAAAAGUACUUCAAGUCAGAAUGCAGACUCUGUGCCUAACGAUGAUAACGAGGGUGUUCCGGGUUUUCAGAAAUCCGCAUCCAGUAGAGGAGAGACUGAGACUCGUGAUGAGAUAAAAACUCCAGUGUCACCCAAGAAAUUUGCAAGUGUAAAAGAAAAAAUUGAAACUAUUGCCACAUUGGGAGAAGAUAUACCAAAAAUAGAGCUGUCUAAUAAAGACAAAAAAUUACUAAGAAAACUUGAAUUAGAACAUGAAGAAAGAAUCAGACGGCAGAAGCCAGAAGGAAAUACAAUACUCGACCCAAUUACGGAUAGUAAAGGAAGUACAUUAAAUAAAGAAAUUAUUAACAGCAAUGAUAGCAAAGAAAGUACUGAAAGCAAGAAAAAUGAUUCAACCGUCCGAGUUCAUAAGGCGAUGCCUUCUGUGAGGCCUAGACAAUCUCUUUCAGCGAAUGCACGUCAACGAAAAGUGCCAUCUACAAGAUUUCAGCGCGUGGUUAGUUUUGGAACUCUGGGCUUAGGGCUUGGAAUUGGAACAAUGGCUGAGUAUACGCGACGCACUUUGGGAUUCAAAAACCAAAGUGUCUCACAGUCUUUGGACAGCAUGUUCCUCACAAAAGCCAACACAGAACGAAUCGUUUCUACAUUGUGCAAAGUUAGAGGUGCUGGACUAAAAAUUGGCCAGAUAUUAAGUAUCCAGGAUAACAGCAUUAUAAGUCCUGAAUUACAGAAAGCUUUUGAAAGAGUGAGGCAGAGCGCAGACUUCAUGCCAACAUGGCAAGUGGAGAAAGUAUUGAGCAAUGAACUCGGCUCUGACUGGAGAAGUAAACUAUCCAGCUUUGAGGAUAAACCCUUUGCAGCUGCAUCUAUUGGCCAGGUACACAAUGCCGUAUUACUGGAUGGAACUCCAGUAGCUAUGAAAAUACAGUAUCCAGGCGUAGCUGAGGGAAUUCAAAGCGAUAUCGACAAUUUGGUCAGCGUACUGAAGAUAUGGAAUAUAUUUCCGGAAGGGAUGUUUAUUGAUAAUGUAGUCGAGGUGGCUAAAAGAGAGCUCGCUUGGGAAGUAGACUAUGUCAGGGAAGCUGAAUGCACAAGAAAAUACAGAGAUCUAAUAUCUCCAUAUUCAGAUUACUAUGUGCCAAAAGUUAUUGACGAAUUCAGCACCAAACAAAUUUUCACAUCGGAAUUAAUUGAUGGUAUACCAGUCGACAAAUGCGCAGAAAUGGACUCCGAAACUAGAGAACAUAUAUGCAAGAUGGUGAUGCGCCUUUGCUUACUGGAAUUAUUUGACUUUCGCUACAUGCAAACAGAUCCAAACUGGGCAAACUUCUUCUACAAUCCCGAGACUAGGCAGCUUACAUUAUUAGAUUUUGGUGCGUGCAGAGCCUAUGAUAAACGGUUCAUGGACCAGUAUAUUGAAAUAAUUAAAGGCGCAAGCGAAGGUGAUCGGGAAAAGGUUCUACAGUUGUCCCGUCAAAUGGGAUUUCUAACUGGAUAUGAGUCCAAGGUGAUGGAUGAUGCUCAUGUAGACGCAGUCAUGAUUUUGGGUCAAGUUUUUGACGAAAAACACGAGUAUUUUGACUUUGGUGGCCAAGAUGUUACAAAAAGAAUUCAAACUUUGAUACCUACAAUACUCAAUCAUAGACUAUGUCCACCGCCCGAGGAAAUAUAUAGCCUGCACCGAAAAUUAUCAGGAGUAUUUUUGUUAUGUGCAAAACUUAACGUAAAAAUCAACUGCCGUGAUUUGUUCCAAGAGGUAUAUAGAAAUUAUCAGUUUGAUUAGCUCAAAUGAUUUGUUAAAUAAGUUUUCAACAGCGUGAAAUAUUCUAUGUAAUAUAAUGUGAACAAUAAAUUAUUUUAUUUAACGCUA